AUGGCAGGUCGUCCAAUUGUUGUUUCUGGUCCUUCUGGUGCUGGAAAGUCAACCUUGUUGAAGAAGUUGUUUGCUGAGUUUCCUGACAGCUUUGGCUUCUCUGUUUCCAACACUACCCGUAAACCCAGACCAGGUGAAGUUAAUGGGAAAGACUACAACUUUGUCACUGUUGACGAAUUCAAGACUUUGAUAGAUGAAAAUAAGUUCAUCGAAUGGGCUCAGUUUUCUGGAAACUACUAUGGAACUACCAUCAAAGCUGUUGAAGAUGUCUCAAAAGUAGCCAAAAAGACCUGUAUAUUAGAUAUCGAUAUGCAGGGCGUUAUUUCAGUCAAGAAGACAGAUUUGAAUGCAAGAUAUUUGUUCUUAUCACCUCCAUCCAUUACCGAAUUGCACAACAGAUUGGAGGGCAGAGGCACUGAAACUCCAGAAUCGUUGAAAAAGAGAAUCGAUACUGCCAGCAAGGAGAUGGAAUUUGCUAAAACUGGUGUUCACGAUCAAAUUAUUGUUAACGAUGAUUUGGAAAAGGCAUACACCGAGUUGAAAAAAUUUAUUUUCUCUGAAACUGUUUAA